CAUCAGACAGUGGCCGUGGUGAUUUUCGUACUAAUUGGCUGAAAGAAUUGAGAUGGUGGUAGAAUGUGGAAAGUGGGGCGAUUGAGGUAGAAUUAGUGCUUGCAGACAGAAGCUCCGAAGUCUCAACACUUUUUAUUAAAGACGUCUGGUUUCAGUACAAAAGGAACAAUCCGCAUCUCCACACGACAUGGCCCUGUACACAAGGCUAUUCCUUUUGGUUCUGAAAUACGUAGAUUUUGUGUGACGUUGGUGCUUUAGUUCGCACAGCCUAAUCGUUCCCCAAUACCACUUGAAUCAACUGUAGAUGAACCCGCCCCUUUUCCAGGUUGGGGUGCGUAGAGUUAGAUUUUUUAGAGAAAGGAUAGAUCGCUGAAGAAUGUACCACUAAAAUGUGGGACGCAUGCGACAAGGCUUAUUUAAAAUGUGUUGGCUAGAUCAGGAUCUUAAGAAAACCGUUAAUUAUAAUACCUAGCAGUAUUUCUGGUUCCUACAUUGAAUGACUUGUAAGUAGUAUGGAAUUGUUGCCACGACACGAUGAGAGAGGAAUAUUUGGAUUUUAAAGAACCGCUUGGGAACUUCCUCACCUACCAAGGACGUAUAAGAAAACAUCCAUAGCCUGCAGUUAUCUGCCAAAGGGAUGUGAACUCUUCUUCAUGUCCCUCUAAAGAGAGUGAUGCCAGCAGUGACGGAUGAAGUAACGCAGGGAGUACUUCUGCCCGCAGUCUGCUGUGUUGUGGCGCCCUCUGCUGUGUGACGGGGGAAGGACAGCCAAACCCAGACAGGAUGGAGAAUGUGUUUGAGGAUGGGAUGAACCCAAUCAUUGUUGCCCACUACAAUCACUCUGGAAAGUGGACUCGGCCUCGGAGCAGUGUUGCCUGUAAGACGGCUGUCCUCCUCCUCAUAUGUGUCUUAAUCGUGCUGGAGAACAUUACAGUGCUACUGGCGCUUUGGAGAAACAAGCGCUUCCACAGCCGCAUGUACUACCUCAUUGGUAACCUGGCCCUCUCCGACCUGCUGGCCGGGGUCGCCUACGUGGUCAAUAUCUUCACCUCUGGCCGCCAGACCUACUUCCUGACGCCGCCCCAGUGGUUGGCCAGAGAGGGAAGCAUGUUUGUGGCCCUGAGUGCCUCCACGUUCAGCCUGCUGGCCAUCGGCAUCGAGAGACACAUGACCAUGGUGCGUCUGCGCCCGUGUGAGGCGUCAGGGCGGGGGAGGCUGCUGGGGCUGCUGGGGGCAUGCUGGGCGGUGUCGGUGCUGCUCAGCGCACUGCCCUCCCUGGGCUGGAACUGCCUGGAGCACCUGGCUUCGUGCUCAACCGUGCUGCCGCUCUACCAGAAGAGCUACGUGGCCUUCUGCAUCAGCGUGUUCAGCGCACUGCUGGUGGCCAUCAUCAUCCUCUACAUCCGCAUCUACCGCCUGGUGACGUCGAGCGGGAGGCGGGUAAGCAGCAGGCCGUCGGAGCGCUCGCUGGCUCUGCUGAGGACGGUGGUGAUUGUCCUGGGCCUGUUCGUGUUCUGUUGGGCCCCUCUGUUCCUCCUGCUUCUGCUGGAUGUGGGCUGCAGCCCUAAGCUCUGCCCGGUCCUCUACCAGGUGGACUGGUUCAUUGCCCUGGCCGUGCUCAACUCAGCCCUCAACCCCCUCAUCUACACCCUGUCCAGCAGGGAGAUGAGGGCAGCCUUCUUCAAGCUCCUAUGCUGCUGUCAGCCUCACCUGGAGGCACCGCCCCCCACGGCAGGCAACCCCCACCUGGCAAUCGUCAUCCCCACGGCCGACCAUAGCAAGUCCAGUGUAGGGGGAGUGGGGAGUGGGAUUACAGGGGCUGCCAGGUCUUUAACACGGGGGAAGGUCGCAACACCCCUGAACUCCAAUAACCAGCAUGGAGACACAUCCAACCCAACGGCGCCACACCCCUCUGGGCCAGCGGACCUGUUGUCAGCAGUGUUGGUCAAGGCUGGGGCGUUGCCCUCCCUCAGCAAGUUCUGACUAGGCAGCUAAUCCCAGUAGACUGGUCCCAAACCCGUAGGUGCACUAGAUAAGCUAAUUCCUCCAGUUGUCCUUGGUUUUACGUGUCGUAUUUGGUUGAAGUGCAUGUAUAUCUGGGAUCUUGCUAGAUCCUCACUGCAUGUCGAACUGGCUAUACUGUAGUUGGACAUUGUGCAGGCAUGAACAUGGGCCUUUUCAGUAUGUGAUUGACUGGGGGGGACCUUUAGGAAGACACUGGGAUUCGUUUUCUUCCCCAAGGAGCCCACAAAGAGAAAGGUUGCUAAGGACCUACUCAUACCAUUUACUCUUGCUCAUUUAAAGCCACUAUUUUGCAAAGACUUACUCACACUGAAUUUCUGUGUCUUCAUUAUACACAAAUGUACGCAACUUUUACGGAAUGAAAUGCAAUAUGUGGCAACAUUAUUGACUUUGUAUUUUGUGGGAAAAGUGGGAAUAAUUGUAAUCGAUGCUUUAAACAAUAUGUUUGAAUUAUAGCAUGGGUUCUUUGCUAAUGAGCGGAAGUGCACUGCAUAUUGCACAUGCAGUGUAUUCUGUUGGUUGACCAAUUAACUUGCCUUUCUAUGACAGGACAGCCUAUUUAUUCUAAUUGAACAGAAUUGUACAGAAAGUCUAAUAUGUAUUGAUUUGAAGUCACGGCCAGAGUAAACUAAGAUGUUGGUUCUGGUUUCUCAUAGCAGAGAAAAGCCACUCACACUUCCACUAAACACUAGUGAGCUAGGAGUGUUGGAUUACAAUUAUUUAACCAACAAGGAACUUUAGUGAUCUUCCAACCUUAUGUGGUGUGGUGUUUUAUUCCACUACCAGUUUAAUAAAAACAACUUCUU